ACCACUUUUAACUGUUUUAUACAAUGGCUGCACUGUUUGUGAAAGAUCUUCACCCUGAAGUAUCAGAGGUGAUACUUUCUAAUAGAUUUAGACCUGCAGGACACGUCCAAUCUGUCCACAUUUGCAGGGACAGGAAGACCGGCUCUCCUCUCGGAUACGCGUACGUCAACUUUCGCUAUCGAGAUGACGCUGAGAGAGCCAUUGACAUGUUCAAUUUUGAACUCCUCCUGGGGAGACCCAUGCGUGUCAUGUGGUCAAACUGGGAACCCACCGCCAAGCCCAUCAAGGGAGGGAACAUAUUCAUCAGGAACCUUGAUUGGUCCAUUGACUGCACCUCCCUGUUUGACACUUUCUCUGUGUUCGGGAGGAUCGUGUCAUGCAAGGUUGUGGAAUCAAAAGGUUUCGGGUACGUUCAGUACGAGUCAGCGGAGGCGGCGGCGCUGGCCAUCGAACGGCUGAACGGAAAACUCCUGAACGACCGCCAAGUGUAA